AUGACUACCAUGGAUCUCCGCGUCGGUAACAAGUACCGCAUCGGCCGCAAGAUUGGUUCCGGUUCCUUCGGUGAUAUCUACCUCGGCACCAACAUCAUCUCCGGUGAGGAGAUCGCCAUCAAGCUUGAGAGUGUGAAGGCGAAGCACCCUCAACUCGAGUAUGAGGCCCGCGUGUACAAGUCUCUUGCCGGCGGUGUGGGCAUUCCUUUCGUCCGCUGGUUCGGCACUGAGUGCGACUACAACGCCAUGGUUCUCGAUCUGCUCGGACCCAGCUUGGAGGACUUGUUCAAUUUCUGCAACCGAAAGUUUUCUCUGAAGACGGUUCUUCUUUUGGCGGAUCAGCUCAUCUCCCGCAUCGAGUACAUUCACGCCAAGUCGUUCAUCCACCGUGACAUCAAGCCCGACAAUUUCUUGAUGGGCAUCGGCAAGCGUGGCAACCAAGUCAACGUGAUCGACUUUGGUCUGGCCAAGAAGUACCGUGACCCCAAGACUCAUUUCCACAUCCCCUACAGAGAGAACAAGAACUUGACUGGAACUGCUCGCUACGCGUCCAUCAACACGCAUUUGGGCGUCGAACAAUCUCGCCGUGAUGACAUGGAGUCUCUGGGCUAUGUUAUGCUCUACUUCUGCCGUGGCUCGCUGCCCUGGCAGGGUCUUAAGGCUGCUACCAAGAAGCAGAAGUACGACCGCAUCAUGGAGAAGAAGAUGACGACCCCGACCGAGGUCCUCUGCCGUGGCUUCCCCAACGAGUUCGCCAUCUAUCUCAACUACACCCGAUCUCUCCGAUUCGACGACAAGCCGGACUACAGUUACCUCCGCAAGAUCUUCCGUGAUCUCUUCGUUCGCGAGGGCUUCCAGUACGACUACGUCUUUGACUGGACCGUCUACAAGUACCAGAAAAAUGCCCAGGCUAUUGCCCAGGCUGCUGGUCAGCAAGCCGGAGGCGAGGAGGACGAGAAAGCCAGAGCCUCGCGAGCCAACGCUGCCGCUGGACAGGCUGUUGUCAAGCCCAAUGUCAUUCCUAGCUCUCGCCGCAAGGUGAUGGAGCGUGGUGCCCCUGGCGUUGACACUCCGGAUACCAACCGCGCCGUCGGUGGAAGCGAUAGGAUGCUGCGAUCAGCUUCUAAAGGUCAAGGCACCGGCUCUGGAUACGCGUCUGGCUCAUACCGACCAAAAUGA